AUGCUCAACUACGCCGAGUACUAUCAGAAUGGCAAUGUGAGUACAGCAGUCAGCCUUCGCCGUUCAGUGAAUCUUCGUUCUGGAGCUGAUGGAUUCGUAAUUGCUGGCCUGACUGUACAGUUCCAAUUGUCGGUCACCCUCAACUUUGAGACCAACGUCUCGGCGCAGAAGCUUCGACAACGCUUUGGCUUGGCGGUCUGGGCCGUCAGAGGCUUUUUGCCAGAGCUCGGCAUGUGGACGACAACCACGUCCACCGAUGGCUCUCUGGAUCUUGACCACGUCACCUUCACAGCAUUGCAGACCGCUGACGAGGCUCAAGAAUGGAUCCAAGACACCGCCAUCGUCGUCGACGAUGGUACCACCACUGAGGAGCUGAUGAACUACAACUCGAACCAUCGCAUCGAGCCUCCUGGAAAGCAAUUCCGUGUCUAUCUCGUUCUGAAUCCACGUCGAGGAUCGCCCUCGAUCGUGUUGAAUGCCUCUCACGUCCUCAACGGUCAUCGAGCUCAUGUUCAAUGCUGCGCUAUCUUGGAAGCAAUGAUGAGUGACAAGCUCGUUUCGCUCCUAGAGGCAACUCCAGACCCGCGUCUGGCACUUGGGGCCCUCUUUGCCCCCGAGGAUGUAUCGAAGGUUCUUGGCAAGCUGCCCAUCAGCCUCGAUACCGCCUACCAGGAACGAUUCAAACCGACGGAAACCGACCUCGAUGUAGGCAUGGAGAAGCUUGGCGAGCGGCUCACCAACAGCGCGCUGCCGACGAUCGGCGUCCCUCGCUUCGAAUCUCCAGCAAAGAGCCCCGAGUAUUCGCUCGGCAAUGCCCACGGCCAACCGAUGACCAUGCUCAAUCUGAAGAGGGAGAUGGAUUUCAACGAGUAUCGCAAAGUGAGACAGGCGCACAAGAAGCUCGGCAUCACCGUUCCCUCGUUCGUCUACGCGUGCAUCGUCAACAGCAUUGAUCGACGCUGCAAGGCGAGCACGGCCCAAGACGACGAGACGCCAGGGGCACAUUUAGCCUACUCUGCGCACGCCAGUCGCUGGUUCCCCGCCGAGACAUUCAUGAGUCGCUCUCCCGUCAACAUGGCCAUCGUCCCCGGAUCCGGCUACAUUUCUCCACACGAGCUUCGAUCGGAGCAACGCGGGCGUGAUCUAAGCUUGAAUGAGCUGAUCGCGCUGUCAAAGACGAUCCGACAAAGGCAAGAGGCAUUUCUCGCCAGCCCGCAUAUCGUGUCUACGUUGGAGCAGGUGGCUGACGAAGUCUCCCGGAACAUCGCAGAGACGGCCAGCAAGCAGCAACAGGCCGGCACAGAUCCGCUCGUGGCUCUCUGUCAAAACUCUCCCGCCAUCUGUCCGCCUACCUUGACAUCGCAGGGUGACAACGUCUUCAACCGGCUCUUCACAGCCAAGGGUGGCUCGUUGGAAGGCAGGCCAGCCAACCUCGAGGGAGACUACAUCUACGUCAACAGGGGCUAUAUCAGCGGUCGAACCACGGAUGCCACCGUCUGCUUCGCGCUGCUCGGUUUCGGUGGCGUGUUGUCGCUUGCAGGUCACUUUGACUCGCGCUUCUUCGACGCCAAGCUCGUCGAUGCAAUUCUGGAUGACGUGUGGAAGAAUUUGCGAGCAAUCGCUGCAACCGUCGCCGAAGAAGAGCGCGAGGCCAAGCUCUAA